AUGCCGGCUGCCAUUGCUUCAUCGAGCGCACUGCACAAGCGCAAAGCGCUUCCCGCUGCGGCGAAAGGCAAGGGCAAGGCGCGAGCUGCGCCUGCUCCCCGAGAGGAUGACGAGCGGGCAAGGAAGCGCGCGAGGCUGGCUGUGAAGAAGUCGAACCGACCCCGAGCAGACGCCUCAUCAGCUAGCAGCUCGGAUGCGAACGAGGGGAGCGACGACGAUGAGGAGGACGACCGCGCGGCUAUGUUGGCUGCCCUCGAGGCUCAUCAGAUGAGUCUGCUGGGUGGCGCGCUUCCGUUUGCGAGUACGAGCGGGUCUUCGAAUGGCAGGGCUAAGGAGGUCAAGGAGGCGAAGAGCGUAUGGGAGAUGGAUGAUGCGGAUUUCGAGGACGACGAGGACAGCGAAGACGGUGAGGAUGACGAGGAAGAGGACGGGGUCGAGGAGGAUGAGCGAGGGCAGUCAGCUUCAAAGGCCGCGACAGUCGUUGCGUUCGUCGAGCCUGGUCGAGAACCGUCGACUCUAGCCGCCACACCUUCAGCGCCGUUGAGCAAGCGCGAGAUCCGCGACUUCAAGGCUGGCAAAGUCAAGAACCUGCAUGCGAAGCGGUCGAUUGCAGACGAGCACAACGUCAAGUAUGUUGGCGGAGCGGCGGCCCGGAAGAAGGCUGCGCUCGCGGCGGGUGACGCGAAGGGUGCUGCGACAGCGGAGAAGGAAGAGGAAGACCAGGUCGAGGAGAACCACCUCGCGAAACUCGACUCGCACCUUGCCUCGCUCGUCAAGCCGCUCACAUCCGGCACCGGCUCGUCUUCCCUCCCAGAUCUCCUCCGGGAGCUUCCUCUCGAGCCGACAAAAGCUCUCAAGGGCCAUACGCCCUUGCCGAAGAACGCACCUCGUCUCUUGCGCCGCGGGCAGAACGCCGCGAACCUCAAGCGCGCGCAGGCGCGAGACGAGGCUGGUGGGUUCGGCAAGGGCGCGAAGAAGGGGACUGCUGGGCAGGGCAGGGAGGCGCUGUCGCUCAAGGAGAAGCGGAAGGUCGAGGGGAAGGACAAGCGGCAGAGGGGUUUGGGAGGAGCGAUGGGCAAAUGGGGCCGAGGGCAGAUCAGGUUAUCGAAGAAGGAGGUCAUGUCGAUCAACGGCUCGGCGUCGUAG